AUGGAGAAGGUGACAAAAUUCAUGGCAGUCAAUGUGUUGGUGAUUUUGGCAAUGCUGACUGGGAAGUCGAGCGCAAUCAAUCUCCUUAAAUGCGGGGCAUGCGUCGUCCCGUGCUUCGCCGAUCUUUCGUCAAUUAUUACGUGCAUCCCCAAAUGCAUAACAACCUGCACCUCUGAUCAACUAUCUCAGAAUGAUGUAGGUGAAUUACAAGAUCUGGAUGGCCUCGACUACUGCAAGCUUGGCUGCGCUUUAUCUAUGUGCUCGAAUUUCAGCACAAGAAAUAAUACCAAUGGUGAAACAUUUGAUGGCUGCGUGGGAUCGUGCUCCAACAAAUGUGUCAAGAGCUACUCAUUACCUCAGAACAGUACUAAUUGA